CUGGUAUCGAUACCUUAUUUGUUAUUUCCAACUGUCUUGGAUGAAAACAUGAAAUCCAAAAUGAAAAAAUGUUAGGUUAAAAACAACAGUCAGUAGAAAACGGAAUCGGGAAAAGAGAAAUACUUUUUACGUCAAAAAUCGAGAUAUCAAAGGCAAGCGAGUGUUUUAGAGUAAAGAAAUUGAGAAGAAGAUAGAACAGAAAGCAACUUUUUGCGAUUUGUCAGUUUUGUCUCCAAGUAGCUACGCAGCUCUCUUGUAUUUCUUGACCAUUAGAAUCACAUUCGUCUUUCUAUUGUGAACAAACGAAAAAUGUCCGACUCUGAGAAAGCUAAAGUGAAAGAUGGAAACCUCCCAGCUAUGAAUGUUGGAGGAACAAGGAUUCCACUUUCAAACCAUCACGAAGAAGUGUCUGAAGAGUUUGAAAAGUCUGAAGAGUUGGAAGAGUCUGAAGAUAACGAGAGGUGCAAGACUGUGGUAAUUUCUGGAGCACGAGUAAAAGGAAAGGUUUUCUCUCCCAAGGCUUCCACCUCACUGGGAAAAAAAGCUGAGUUGGAUGUUGGACUCCCAGUGAAAGUUGGAGGAAAAAAGCUUCCAAAACAUCACAAAGGAAAAGCUGAGGCAGCUAUAUUUGCUGAAGAGUCCGAAGAAGAAGAGAGGCCCAAAACUGUGGUGAUUUCUGGAGCACGGGUUGAAGGAAAGGAGGUUUUCUCUCCUAAGACUCCCAUCUUCCUGGGAAGAGAAGUUGGAGUCGAUGCCAUUGAAACACUUUGCAGGGAAUUUAGUGCUGGCCACCUAGAAAAGGAAAUGAUGGAAACUUUCAUGCUUCUCAAAGAGCGAACCAACCUUACUGCAGUGGCAGCUGCUGUUUUCAUUCUUGUGUACCGAAGGAAGUGUCAGCCAAUCUCCAUCAAGCAAGUCUUGCCUGUUCUUAAUGUUUCCCCUCCAGUCACACUGUACAAACUUGGCGCAAUUCUGAAAAAAGUUGAAAGGCACCUCAAAGGGAAUUUCCCCGCACUGCCUCAACCCUCGUUAGAAUCAACAAGAACAUCUGAAGCUGGAAGUUCAAGCUCAAUCCCUGUAGUGUUCCAUCAUGCCCGUUCAGUUCUUCCUAAACUCAAAGUACAAGAUCCUUUCCUACCGUCCGUGGAAAUAUCUGAACGGGUCUACAACAUCACGGAUAACAUCGUUGCAGUCUUCGAGCGGCGCACCAAGCAAAGUUUCGACCGUCGCAUCAUAACGAUCGCUGCAGGUUUCUUAGCAUGGCAAUCGUGUCAUUAUUAUGACAAGAACUUUAACAGCAAAGUGCCAUUCAAAGAACUCAUCGAACCAAAUAAGACAGGCUAUUUUCAGAAAUAUUUGACGUUAACUUACCUUGACAUCGGCGAUGUAACUGCCAAACACAUCAAAAGGAGUGUCUUGCAAAUUUCGAAGGAAUUGUUACCGCUCUUCCAACACAUGACAUGGAUUGAGAAAGAGGGAAAAGGCACGGACGACAUACCCAAAUACCUUGGACGGAUUUUGCAGUUCAAAGAUGUUGCUAUAGAGGCGUUGUUUCAGGAAGAAGAGACGGCAAGGAUCAAUGAGCCCAUCACUGCACCUGUUAUACCAAGAGAACUAACCGCGGAAGAAGAAGCGAUCUUGGAUGCGCCCGAUUUGAAUGAAAACGAUUUGCCAGAUGCUGAAUUAAGCAAGUAUUUUUUCUCAGAACGGGAACUGAAUCCCUUGAACGUCAAUCUAUCGUUGUCUGCCGACUUGGAUUCGGAACUCGCCGAGCCGAACAAGAAAGGAAAAAAGAAACGUUCAAAGUCCAAACCCACCGUAUAACCCCAAAAAUGGCUUUUUUUUUCUUCGCGAUCUUUUCAACUUUAUUUUAUUUUUUAAUUUACAAAAUUCCAAACUUUUGAAAAAAUUCCCGACACUCUACCUUUUGUUAUUUUCCGUACUUUUGUUACCGUCUGAACUGAACGCUUGGUUACUCAGCAUGGAGAAUAUAUUUUUCUAGAGAAAGGACGAAAUUAAAAAAAAAAAAACAGCUGCAAAUGUGUUUGUGA